AUGGCAGCUGUUGGAAGUUUGAUUUUCUGCGUUACCUGCGGCAACUUGCUGGACACAGCCGUUGGAAAAACUUCGCUCGAUUGCAGUCAGUGCCACGCUUCUUACGACGCGAAACCGUUUGCCAAUCUGUCUGUCGUUACCACAUCAGCCGAAGACGCGUUCCCAUCGACAUUGAAGCUCCAGCGGUCUGUUGUCAAGACUCAUCUGAGUAAGGAGCAUUUGGAGGAUGGUGCUAUUAUCAAAGAGAAAUGUCCGCAGUGCGGCAACGAAGAGAUGCAAUACCAUACUCUGCAACUGCGCAGUGCCGACGAAGGUGCCACUGUUUUCUAUACAUGCACAAAGUGCAAGUAUCGGUUCAGAACAAACAACUAA